GCUCAAAGUAACCUCAGCCGCACUUCAAAACAUUUUGCUUCCUCAGCAAGCACCACUGUUUGCUGAGGAAGCACAAUGCUUUCAUACGAGCGGUAUUAUCGUGAUGUUGAUGAGAGUGGCUUGGCUUUGACCCCUUCGAUCGAUAAUCAGGUCUGGUUCGGUGACCGCAGCGAACAAUCCGACUUCCUCGAAGCCCUUACUUUUGCAAAGAAACUUCCAAAUGGCUCACUCGAUCACCCAUCACACUCAUGUCGCUAUGGGUUCCUAAGUAACUCCGAUAUCCUGUCGUGGGUCCACCAAAGCGGGACAUAUGUACCGAUGAACUCCGAUCCUAACGCCAUGGUCACUGGCGGUGUUCGUCUGCUAAUUCUGGAGCGCGCCCUUUACCAACCUUCUAGCUACCCAAUUAAGCAAGAAACCUUCCGCGAAAUUUCUUCUUACUUCCGACUCCCAGCAAGCACACUUAUCGCGCUCAGCCCUGAAGCCGGAUAUCUAACCCACACACUUGGCCUCGACCCUAUCACAGGAUCCCCUGAUUUUCUCACAAUCAUCCUCAAGACUCCUCAAAAGUUCCAAGUCGGUAACUACGGCCUCGCUAUCACGCAUGACUUCACUACUGGCAUAUCCACCGGAAUCCUCCACGGCACUGGUGUGAUUGCCAAUGCUAACGGAUAUUCGCUCUGGCGCGACACCGCUGGGAUUGAAAUCCUAGACCUCCUCAAGGAAGUGCAGCAAGAAUGGACUCUCCCACUGUGUCUCCCAACGGUUCUCCUCAAUCACCACAUCCUCCGCACGGACUAUUUCUGUAGCAUCAUUCUCGGUAACCAGCAUACUGAGCUUCAGAGCCAAUUAGGCACCACGCGAGCCGGACGCCUCGCAGGUAGAAAGGGACAUAACAUUGCCACCGAAAAGCCAUUCCAGCAGGCAAAGGUCAACUUGCGGGAUCUAACUGUCGGGCUGAGUAGUUUACUCUUCGACAUCAUCUGGUUCUGUAGCGUCACGGAAUGGCAAUGCGAAGCGGUUACGGACCUCGACUCCAUCCUUGUGGAACUAUCACAGCUAGCGACUGGCAACGCUACAUCAAAUUUACAGACACGCUCCACACGGGCGAAGGUCCGGCAUCUGACUUCCCUCGCAAAGGGUCUCAAACGACAGAUGACAGCCAUGAAAGAGGUUGGACAAGCUGAUAUGAGCGUCCUGUACAGCAUAACCUCCCAAGCCGACUCGCGACUCUCCGCCAAAAUGGCAGCAGCCUCGAGUCGCGAUAGCGCGGCGAUGAAGACGCUCGCAUUUCUCACCACGCUCUUCCUUCCCGGAACAGCAGUUGCUACAAUAUUUAGCAUGGACAUGUUCAAUUGGCGUCCCUCGUCUCCUUCAUCUCCUUCAUCCGACUCGGAAGAGUCGAAAGUCGUAGCCGAGCUCUUCUGGGUGUACUGGGCGGUCACAGUCCCACUCACAAUCGUCGUAGCCGUCGGAUGGCGCAUCUGGUGGGGUUGGGAGAAGAAACAUUUUGACGAAGAUGUGCGAAGGGAGAUUGAGGCGAUUGAUGGGGAAGGGAGGCAGGAGAGUCUGGCAGACGACGACAGUCUUGCAUCUGUGAUGAUCGGAGCGGGGGUAAGGAUCACGGAAAUGAGGAAGAGGAAUUUGUGGGGACGGCUGCGUGGCGGGAAGAAAGGUUGACGCCACAGAAAAGGAGGGGGGAAACGAUGAGAGUCUUUGACAAUGACUUCUAAGCUAUUUACAACAUUCCGUCAUUGGAGAUAAUACUGCGAAUACGUGCUGAAUCUUGUAACUAUAGCUGAUUCUAUUGUUUCCCAUGAUCAACGACUGUCUAUAUGAUUAUGUGUAC